AAAAACUCUUCACCACAGAGUCAACACAGCUAGUUCACAAGAACUUCUACGGCGACGCGCGACUUGUUGCUCGGCAACGGUGGAAUCGGACCACUCCUGGCAGCAGAUGCUGAUGGACCGCCGGUUGCGAGGUGUGCUGACUGCCGUCGUCGAGAUGGUAGUGCUGGCUAACUGGCUGACGAGGAGCUGGAAACGCUUUGAAUCACCCGGCGUUGCGUUGGAGCAUCAAGAUUCUGGCCACUGUGGUCGCCUGCUGCAACAGGAACUUGUCUACAACUACGAGGAAGUCAACGGUUGCAACGCGGAGUUGUUCUACGACUAGGACUACUUACCUCGGAUGAAAAUCCACUUCACGACAUGCCGUUUGUUGGUACAGAAGUUUUACUACACUCCGAAAACAAGGAGUUCGUGGAUACAUGCACUGCUGCAUCAAAGUAAGCAGCUACUGUCAACAGGAUGCAUUGGAACAAAUUGCUGUUGCCAAAUCGACAACCUUCCACAGCGUUCGAGACCACCAGAGUUUGAUCGGAUUCGAUUCGUCGCACCAGGAUCUGACGCAGUUUCAACAUCACAGGACAACGCACCAGAGCUAGAACGUGGGAACGACGACGUCGGACGAGGACCAGUAUGAGCACGACGUGAGGUGGACUGGAAGCCCUAGCGAUUCCUGCAAGUGGACGGACCACCAGGCGCGCUUCCCCCUGCAGAUCGUGGACGACAACAUGCAAUCGAGAAAUCCUUGUUGGACUACGGCUUGUUAAACAAGCAGGAGCUGCAGCGCACCACGUGCACCACACGCACGGCGAGUCCAGCAGAUUUCAUCGGCGUACCUCGAACGAGCCACGGCGUAUUUUCCUGCUGUUGUCAGCAUCAUCCAAACCACCUACACAAAUCUGAAUCAGAUCUUCAUUUCGACCACCAGCCGGGCGGACCACCACUACGCGGCCACAGGAUCGAUCAUCUUCACGCUUCACUCAGUUGCGUUCUUUCUUUCCCCGAUUCUAGAUGAAGUGGUCAACAUCUUCUUGUCAUUCGAAGACUUCGGUUCUUCAGUUCAUCUUAUCGGAUGUAGC